UCCAGUUGCUGCACCGAUGCCGGAUUCAAUGGAACCUGAAGCACUUCGGUAAGAUUACGGCAAGUGAUAUUUCAGUAAUAAUCAGUUAGGACCUUUUAAAAUUCUCAAAUUGGAGAAACUCGAAAAGAAAUCAGGUUCAUAAUUGGAAAUGUGGAUGAGGUUAGAUUUUUAGACAGCUUGUUUACUUAAUUUCUUAGAACUGUAGAUUUGAGAUUAGUCAGGUAAAUCUUGUGACACGAAGCUCUUGAUCAAUUUUAUGUAUUUGAACAAUCAAUUUUUGGAAUUUGGAGUACACAUGACCCGAAGGCAGGCUGAUGGACUAAUACUUCAAGAUGUGGUUGAUGGAAUAGGGAUUGAAGCACAGGAUGGUGAUCUAGUUGAAUUUAACUACGUUUGUCGGCGUUCCAAUGGCUAUUUCGUUCACAGUGCCGUGGAUCAGUUCAACGGAGAAAGUAAGCCUGUAAUACUCCCCCUUGACGAUAAUCAGGUUGGUUUGCUCAUAAACAAACAAAUUAUUAGAGGCUUGAAGGAGGUCCUUAUUGGUAUGAAGAUUGGAGGGAGAAGGGCAUUGAUACCUCCAUCAGCCGGAUAUGUUAAUGAAAAUCUAAAACCAAUUCCUAAGGAGUUUGGACCUCGGCGAAGCCUUCUUUCUCAUGCAAAUGAGCCAUUGGUGUUUGAGGUGCAGUUGCUGAAGGUGUUAUAAUUUAGUUCUGCUUAUUGAAAACAACCUUACAGAAAACUAAAAUGUACAACAAAUUGACAAUAAAAAAGUUACUGCGUGCUUCGUCUUACUCAAAUUUAUGGAGUCUGUUCAUGGAUCUUUGCCUUCAGUAUGACCUCGAAGACCCAACAGGUAAAACAAAAAAGUCAUAUGAGAGUACAUCACCAACAAGUUUCAGGAAAAAGCUUGCUCCUGGCCUUGGAGGAAAAAACUUCCAAGGCAUGCAGAAUAGUUCCUCAUAAACAUACUCCUGCUUAACUUCACAUUUACGACGUCUGUUUAUAACAUGCCAGUCUUGACUUUUUGUUAGAAACUACGGGUUCUGCUUCGGGUUAUUUCAGUUUUUUGUUGUAUUUAAGUAAUAAAGAACGGAUAGAUUUAAAUGAUUUGGGUU